AUGGUAAUGCAGUUCUUCAAUCCAAACCCGGAGUUGGAUCGCUAUCGGGGAGCCUUGCUCGGGCUGGCCGCGGGGGAUGCCCUUGGGGCGCCCGUUGAAUUCAUGCGGCCCGGAAGUUUCGAACCGGUAACCGAGAUGAUGGGUGGCGGGCCUCAUGGCCUCAUGCCGGGUGAAUGGACUGACGACACCUCUAUGGCUCUCUGCCUCGCGGAAAGCCUUAUAGAAUGCCGGGGAUUCGAUGCCGUAGACCAGUUGCAGAGAUACGUCCGCUGGUGGCAGUACGGACACCUCAGCAGCACUGGUCUGUGUUUCGACAUCGGCUUCACCACACGGGAUGCCUUGGAGGGCUUUCAGGCGACGGGACUGCCCUCAGGCCUGACGUCCCCCGACAGCGCGGGCAAUGGCUCGAUCAUGCGCCUGGCGCCGGUUCCCAUGUUCUACGCCCUUAACAUGCACGACGCCGUUGAAUUCGCGGGACAGAGUUCUGCCACCACCCACGCGGCCGAGGAGGCCGUGAAUGCCUGCCGAUUCAUGUCGGCGGUCAUUGUCCGUGCCCUCUUGGGUUCCAGCAAGGAGGAUGUGCUCGCCCCGCCCGUUGCCGAUGAUUUGUCGGACGGGAUCAGGAGAGUAGCCUACGGAUCGUUCAGAAUCUUCAGCCCACCGCAGAUCAGGGGCAGCGGCUUCGUGGUCGAAUCCUUGGAAGCCGCGCUGUGGGCGUUCCACAACUCCGACAACUUCGCCGACGGCGCUACGUUGGCGGUAAGUCUGGGCGAGGAUACGGACACCACAGCGGCAGUCUACGGUCAGAUCGCCGGCGCCUACUAUGGGGCCAGCCGCAUACCGAGAGAUUGGGUCAAUGCCCUGGCGCGGCGAGAUAUGAUCAUCGAUUUUGCAGAUCAGCUGUACGACUUGAGACCCCUGUCGUAUCCGGGUGAAUGGGGAACAUCGGAACCCGCCUCAUAA